AGAAACGGCAACCUAAUCAGCCUGGUGAGAAAAAUCAUGUAUUGAUCGUCAAGGACAAAUCUGUGAACAAACCCAGACCGCCUGUCAUGAUUUGAAAUGUCACAGUCUUUGAUCCUUUGAAAGGAACCAGGCGAUGAAACACGUGACCAGUGACCAGUCAGAUCAAUUAAAACAAAACAUUAUCGUUUGACCUCAACACUAGAAAGACUACAACACCCAUAACCUCCCAGCCUCCUCUACCUCAAGUGGGUGUUUCUGCAAUGGUGGUAUCGGCAAGACAUUGAAUGACUUUGGCUCCAUCACGAAAAAGGCUGGUUUAUUCAUUUUUAUUCAGUUGACGCUGUGAUGGAGGCGCUUAUUCCAGUUAUAAACAAGCUCCAGGAUGUGUUCAACACCGUGGGGACUGAUAUCAUUCAGCUGCCGCAGAUAGCGGUAGUAGGCACACAGAGCAGUGGAAAAAGCUCAGUGCUGGAGAGUCUGGUCGGCAGAGACUUGCUACCCAGGGGGACCGGCGUCGUCACCAGGCGACCUCUCAUCCUCCAGCUGGUCCACGUAGAUCCUGGAGAUGCCAGAAAGAAUGAUGAUGGUGGGCGAGAAGGGGAGGAGUGGGGCAAGUUCCUGCACACGAAAAAUAAGAUCUACUCAGACUUUGAUGAAAUCAGACAGGAAAUUGAAGCUGAGACAGAACGAGUAUCAGGAACCAAUAAGGGCAUUAGUGAUGAGCCCAUUCAUCUGAAGAUUUUCUCUCCUCACGUCGUCAACCUCACAUUGGUGGAUCUGCCAGGAAUCACAAAGUUGCCCGUCGGGGAUCAGCCCAAGGACAUCGAGCUCCAAAUCAGAGAUCUAAUCCUGAAGCACAUCUCCAACCCUAACUGCAUCAUCCUGGCCGUCACUGCUGCGAACACAGACAUGGCCACCUCCGAGGCUCUGAAGGUGGCCAGAGAGGUUGACCCUGAUGGAAGGAGGACACUGGCUGUGGUGACCAAGCUGGACCUGAUGGACGCUGGUACCGAUGCCAUGGAUGUGUUGAUGGGCAGAGUUAUACCAGUCAAGCUCGGCCUUAUUGGAGUUGUCAACAGGAGCCAACUGGACAUCAACAAUAAAAAGUCUGUGGCGGAAUCCAUUCGCGACGAACAUGCUUUUUUGCAGAAGAAAUAUCCGUCUCUCGCCAACAGAAAUGGAACCAAAUACCUGGCAAGGACUCUGAACAGGCUACUGAUGCAUCACAUCCGUGACUGUCUGCCUGAGCUGAAGACACGGAUCAACGUCCUGGCUGCUCAGUACCAGUCCCUGCUCAGCAGCUACGGUGAACCCGUGGAGGACCAGAGCGCCACCUUGCUCCAGCUCAUCACCAAGUUUGCCACAGAGUACUGCAACACCAUCGAGGGCACGGCCAAGUACAUCGAGACUGCAGAGCUGUGCGGCGGAGCCCGAAUUUGUUACAUAUUCCACGAGACUUUUGGCAGAACGCUGGAGUCUGUGGAUCCUCUGGGAGGACUCAGCACCAUAGACAUACUCACAGCCAUAAGGAACGCAACAGGCCCACGUCCUUCGCUGUUUGUGCCUGAGGUUUCCUUCGAGCUGUUGGUAAAGAAACAGGUGAAACGCCUGGAGGAGCCCAGCUUGCGCUGUGUGGAGCUGGUCCACGAGGAGAUGCAGAGGAUCAUCCAGCACUGCAGCAACUACAGCACACAGGAGUUGCAGAGGUUCCCUAAGCUACAUGAAGCUAUCGUGGAAGUGGUCACUUCACUACUGAGGAAGAGGCUACCCAUCACCAACGAGAUGGUUCAUAACUUGGUCGCUAUCGAGCUGGCCUACAUCAACACCAAACACCCCGACUUUGCAGAUGCCUGCGGUGUCAUGAAUAACAACAUAGAGGAACAGAGGAGAAACAGAAUGAGAGAACUGCCCACAGCGGUGCCCAGGGACAAGUCUGUUGGCAAAGGCGCAGCAGGUUCAACUGUGGUUUCUGGCGAGCCCCAUGCGUCUGGAGCAGACACGGACGGUGCCAAGGCCACGGCAGCAGGAACUCAGGGUGAGCAGGACAGUACAGGCAACUGGAGGGGAAUGCUGAAGAAAGGAGAGGACGCCCCGGGCUCUGGACCUGGAAGCCCCCUGAAAGGAGCUGUCAACCUUCUUGACGUGCCUGUGCCUGUUGCCAGGAAGCUGUCGUCACGUGAGCAGCGGGACUGUGAGGUCAUUGAACGCCUCAUCAAAUCCUACUUCCUCAUCGUCCGUAAGAACAUUCAAGACAGUGUGCCAAAGGCAGUGAUGCACUUCCUGGUCAACCAUGUGAAGGACAGCCUCCAGAGUGAGCUCGUCGGCCAGCUUUAUAAAUCUGGCCUCCUCAACGACCUGCUGACCGAGUCGGAGGACAUGGCCCAGCGGCGCAAGGAGUCAGCGGACAUGCUACAGGCGUUACAGAGAGCCAGCCAAGUGAUCGCAGAGAUCCGGGAAACUCAUAUGUGGUGAAAAAUUUCCAAAGAGAACCAAAUCCGUUAUCACCUCGUCAUGCCCAUUGGAGCCACGCCCCACGCUCCCAUGUUUAAACCUGAACUUUAGAAUUUGCAACCAGAAGACAUGCGCUCAUUCUGAUCCCCGCUCAUAAAUAUUUUAGGCCUGCCUUGGUCCUAAACGCUACCUGAAAGUAAUGGAAAUUGACUAAAGCUGUUGAACAGGACUGCUGGGUCCUGAAUCGAGUCUUUAGGUGCGCACAUCUCGCUUCAGCGGGGUUCACUGUACGACUUUAGAAAAUGCUGUUGCCUCCCGCCGCAUUUGAAUGAAUCACAAGUGGCGCAGAAGGCAAGUUACCUUUUUUUUUUUUUUAAAUAACCAGUCUGACAAAUAAUUUUCUGUGACAUUAGAAAUCAAAGUUUUGGAUACCAUUGUAGCAACAAAGCAAUCUGAAAAACGGCUCUAGGGUAAUAUAAAUCAAAAAUAAUAUUCCGUCCCUCUUCUGCAGCCUUCUCUUUGGGGAGGAGCUGUCAUGUGUCGGAAAGCGUUCAGCCUCAGAUGUCAGAGUGUAACAAUACAGCAGGGAAUGGAUCAUAGAAAUAAUAGACUCUCCUCCUGACUUUCAGCACACAUUAGUCCUGUACAUACUCGGUACUUUAUUAUUAUUAUUAUUAUUUUUUGCACUGUUGUCACCACACUGGACUGUAUAGAGGCCAUCAUUGUGACACUGUAUUGCUAAAACUGUAUUUAUUAAUGUAAUUUAAGUGUGUGCGGUUCAUGUUCUGAGCCUCCAUACAGUGUGCUGGGACAGGUUGUUUAUGUUUACAUGUUAUCAUGCACUGUGGUUC